GAUAAUAGCCCUAAACGAACAUUAGCAGAAAAAACUUUCCGGUAUCCGCUACUAAUCCUGGGACCGUUAAAAGAAUUAGCUAAAAAGGCAACUGGAAGUUCGAAAAGAUCAGCAAAAAUUUUAGCCAGAAUUAAAUAUUAUGAAAAUGAUACAAAAUUGCAAACUUUGCCUGAUGAUGCUAUACGAACUUUAUCUCAUAACGAAAAGGAUAUGGUAGAAGCACGGAUGAAAAUUCGCAAAGAUCAUUUAAAAGAAAAGUGCAAAGAGCAUGGACUGAAUAAAAUUGGAACUGAUGCAUUGCAUAAACCUAAUCCAUGGGAGUUUUUAGUAAAUUUGAAACAUCAUCUUGUUUGGUGUAACGUAUUUAAGGCAGCUUCUUCUUCGUGGAUGUAUAAUUUUAAUAUUUUAGCUGGAUAUUCACCAGAAUUUCUGAGAAGGACAGAAGAAGUUCCCUUAGUUUUAGCUAGAAAAAAGUAUCCUAGAGUAUCACUAGAUGAGCUUCAGGAGGCACAAAAUGACUCAAUUACUUUUAUGAUUGCCAGACAUCCUUUUGAAAGGCUAUUAAGUGCUUAUAGAGAUAAAUUUGUUUUUGCUAUUCCACAUUCAUUUCAUGAUAAAUUAGGAAAUAAAAUUGUAAGAAACUACAGAAAAUAUAAACAGGCAGAUCGACGUUUGCCAAAGUAUCCAACGUUUUCAGAGUUCGUUAGCUGGCUUUUAGAUGAAGUGAAACGUCAUAAUUCAAUUGAUAUGCAUUUAGUUCCAGCAAGUAAAUUUUGCACGCCUUGCCUAAUAAAUAUAGAUAUAAUUAUAAAAUUUGAAAGUCUUCAAGAAGAUCAGUUAUAUUUAAUUGAAAAUGCAGGCUUACAACAUGUUAUAAUGCCAGAAUGGAAAAAUUCUGGAAAGGGCAGAAAUACGUUGGAAUUGCUUCAAAAAUUUUAUUCGCAAUUAACGAGAUCCCAAUUAGAUGGUCUUUAUGAAUAUUACAAAUACGAUUUUGAAAUUUUUGACUACAACCCCACGCCAUAUUACAACAUAGUUAAAUACGAAGAAAUUCGAGAAAGUAUAGAAAAUAUUAAAAUUUAGUUUAGCCAAUCUUUUGUUUAUUAAUAAUAUAAAAUAAUAAAUUGUGAUAAUUCA